AUGUUUUUCCGCGCCAAGUUUAGCAGCACUGGCCAAAAGUUUAUCUAUGCCAUCUUUGGGGUGCAAUAUCAGGGCGAAAAGCCCACUGGUCGGCAAGCAGACUUCAUCUCCAUGCUUGGAAAUCUCAUCAACAAGCGAGCUCACUUUGACCGCAUAAUAGUUCCUGGGAAGGACGGAUUGAAUGCACACAUCUGGCUGUCGUAUUGGUGGCCUGAAACGUACGCCGAUUGGUGGAACAGCACGUCUGUAGCGACAUUCUGGAAAGACCUUCCGGAUGAUGCUGGUAUCUGGCGUGAGAUUUUGACCGUAUCAGUCGGUCGAACGCAAAACGCCUGCACGAAAGAACUCAAGAACGGAGUGAACGGCUUAGGAGAUAUGGAAACCUUCAGCGAAAAGAUUGGGUACUGGGGCUGCCUACGAGAUCGCCUUCCAGAAUCAACACCAGAGGAGCAGUUCUCUUCGGCUCUAGCGCAAAUUCCAGAGCGGAAUCCUUGUAGUGAGGCGAUUAGAGCUGGACGGACGAUCAUAACUCAGCUACCGGAUAAUAUAUGCUUCCUUGUUGAGGGCCAAGAUCAUGCUCAGAUGGUUGACGAGGAGAGGACACACUGGUUCAACGAAUUUGACGAACUUGUGACCGGGUGGAUGCACGACCUGGGUGCUAACUUGAAAGACAAUGGGCUGCUUGACAUUAGAAUGGGUUACGUACCUGAAUUUGGCAAAUUCAGAACCAGUGGGCCUAUCAACCUAGAUCACAACAGGAAAAUCGAGCUGUUUUACUGGUUGGAUAUGAAGAAGUUUGAACGUAUUGGCCGAGUCAAUAGGGGCCAUCUCAAAAUUCGAAGGAAGUUCAUGGACGAUUACUGCCCCGUGGGUAAGAUGGGAAAUGGACUUGGAAAGAUAUGUCUUUGGGAGGAGACAUCCGUCAUGAAAGGCAACGAGAUCGAAGCGGAAUAUAUCGGGUGUCAGGAGGGUACCGGUUUCAUGGCAUACGAUAAAAGCGGCAUUAUCAAAAGCAAGGUCACAACUCGGUAG